GGGGCCGUGCCGGGCCGGGCCGUGCCGAGCCGAGCCGUGCCGGGCCGGGGAGGCGGCUGAGCGGCGGCGGUGGCACAGCCCCGCGCCCUCAGCGCCCGGCCGCGGCAUGUCGCGGAAGAAAGCGGCUCGGAGCAAGGGUGGCGGCGCCGCGCCCUCGGCCGCGCUGCCCCCCGCCGCCCAGGGGCCCGGCCGCGCCGCCGCCGCCCCCCCCCGGAGCCCCGCGCCCGCCCCCGAGCUGCCCCGCAACGGCGGCGCUGCGCCCGGGCGGCCCUCGCUGAGCAGCAGCGGGGAGUUCUACGACCUCGCCUUCAAGGUUAUGCUGGUGGGCGACUCGGGGGUCGGCAAAACCUGCUUGCUGGUGCGCUUCAAAGACGGCGCCUUCCUGGCGGGCAGCUUCAUUUCCACCGUUGGGAUCGACUUCAGGAAUAAGGUGCUGACGGUGGAUGGGGUGAAGGUGAAGCUGCAGAUCUGGGACACGGCGGGGCAGGAGCGAUUCCGCAGCGUCACGCACGCCUACUACCGGGACGCCCACGCCCUGCUCCUGCUCUACGAUGUCACCAACAAAGCGUCCUUCGACAACAUCCAGGCCUGGCUGACAGAGAUUCAUGAAUACGCGCAGCAGGACGUGGUCCUCAUGCUCCUGGGAAACAAGGUGGAUUCAGCCCAGGACAGAGUGGUGAAAAGGGAAGAUGGAGAAAAAUUAGCCAAGGAGUACGGCGUGCCCUUCAUGGAGACCAGCGCCAAAAGCGGCCUAAACGUUGACUUGGCGUUCACAGCCAUCGCCAAGGAACUGAAGCACAGGUCCAUGAAGCUGCCCAACGAGCCCAAAUUCAAGCUCCACGACUACGUGAAGAAGGAAGUGCGGGGCUCGGGCUGCUGCCGGUCCUAAUGCGCCCGGCGCGUUUGUACAGAGACUCAUGCCACGUGUUUGUGCGCCGCGCUCUCUCCUCGUGGACAGUGUGUGUGCAUGUCUGUCUUGUGUCUGUGUCUGCCUAAAAGGUGAGCUGGGACGUGCGGGGCGAAGGCAGCAGCGGGAGAAGCUCUUUGGGCUGGCACCGAGGCCGGCCGUGCUGCACCACACGCCAGGCACGCUCCCCAAACCCCACAGCACCCACCCACACCUCGUCGCUUGGGUCCCCACAGGGAAAUGCAUUUUCCUGGCCGGGCUGCUCUGCUUCCACCCGGCUCGGAGCCGCUCUGCCCGCUGCAGGCAGGAGGGGAUGUGGGGAAGGGGCUUGGUCAGCACAGCCACGGCUCCCUCCAGCUUCCUCCACCAGCUCAGCAGCGAUGCAGCUCAGCCAGGAGCACCCUGGGGUUGCUUUAAUGCGAGGAGGAACGAUGGGGGUAGGGGAGUGAGUGCCUGCUCUCCGCCAAAAUCUGGGUAGGAAGAAGUCCUGAAUUCACUUUUCCCACGUACCCGGAAUUCAGCUGAUCCGAUCCUUGGCCUGGGGCACACAGGAAAGCUCUGUUUUCAAGGCAACUGUUUUUUAGCUGCUUAUUUCCGUCUGUCAGUCCUUCCCGUGUUGUAACAUAGCUCCUCGAUGAAGGUUUCUCCUCUUCCCCGCAGAAGACAAGAGCUUAGGUGUCCGUUUGAGUAAGCUCCCGCAAACAUCUGUUGUACAGAGGUUUCCUGACUGUGUAUCUGUUCAGCGAAGGCUUUGGUUCUCUCACUGCAGCCAUUCCUUGUACUUUAAUGAGAAGAAAGCUAACGUACUGCAGCUUAUUCCUAGUCCCUUCGUGUAAGCGCGAUAGCUUUUUUAGACUGCAGCAGUGCUUUGCUCCACAGUUCUCUCGGGACAGCUCUUUCUUCUGCAGGAAGAAGGGCGAGGAGGGUGCUGUAGGCACUGCCUGUACAGGUCUGAGACUCCGCUGCCAGCUCUCUUCAAGGGACCCCUCAGCCCUUUUGUCUGUGCCAGGCACGUGGCUUUUGCUUUUUUUAAAGUUGCACUUCUAAGUACAAAUCACAACUUCGGAGGAAGUGUUUGGCCUCUGGCAAUUUUCGUAUUAAAAAAUUCCACCUGCACGACACCGGGUGCCCUGCUGCGCUACCCUCCGCGCACUGCCCUAAACAGAGCACUUAAAUCCACCCGUCCCUCACUCCCGGCUGGCAGAACACCGGCUCCCAGACGUUAUUUAGCUGCAGCUGCCCCUUGUCGCAGCAGGGGUGCCAGCCUGAGCUGCAGCACAGCGCUCCCCAAGGACACAAAUCCCUCGGGGCAGGAUUCAGGCAGGCAGUGACAGAGCAGAGCCCUCGGAGCUGCACUUGGUGAGCCAGGUAAAAUGCACAGCACUCAGAGCUACUGCUAGAGCGGCUCCAGCACAUUGAUGGUAUGGAGCUGAAAAUAACCUACCGAGAACAGAGCAUUUUUCCUGCAUAGCUUUUAGGGAGAGCUCUCUCUGUUACCUGACUUAAAUUUUGUUAAAACUGUUCCUGGGGGAAUGUUUGCAGCAACCAGCCUGGAGCAGCCCCUGCUGCUGUGCAUCACCGGGCAGCGCCUGCUCCCUGCUGGCAGCAGGAGGCAGGGGCUGGGGGGAGGCAGCCAGGGCAGCCCCCGUUCCUUAUCGACCCUUCCCAGCAGCAGGGGCUCAGAAGAGCAGCAGGCAGCUCAGACACCAGGGGCUGUUCCAAGCCUGCCUUUGGUGUUUCCUCAGCAUAACUCAGUGUAAGAGCAGCCCCUGCCCCAAGGCGCCAGUCGCUGCACAGACACUGCCUCCUUCCCCCUCCUCACAGGCAGGACACCCCACAUCUGGCCAGCCUGAAAAAGCUGCCAGCUCUCUUGGUACUUUGGGGUGGGACCAAAACAAUCUAAAAAUAAUUUAAAUAGAGCAGCUGCGAAUGCUACUCUUUGGGUAUGUCUGUCAGGACCUAACCAGUACAGCAGAAACAGAGCCACAUUUGUGGUACUCCUUAACCCACCCAAACUUAAGGGACGCUCAACCCCUGCCUGCCCCCUCACAAGCUCCCUGCGCACCCCUCACCCCCCACUGCCUGCACACAACCCUCGCAGCUGCAGCCCCCCCCCCGCUCCUUUAGCAUCUUUUUACACGGGCCUCUAGUGCCACCACGCGCCGCAGGAUGGUUCAGUGCAUUCCAGCAGGCCGAGGACUUGGCAUGACAUGCACUUCUCAUUCGCUGCCUCUUGUUUACAGCUUUUGUUUCAUUCCUGUUAAUAAAUUUUUUUAAUAAUC